GACAUCUGUGUUUGACAUUUGGAACUGGACCCUCACGAAAGGCCAUAAUAGGUUUUGUGUCUUCUAUUUACCGGUUCUUAAUUCGCCUAAUCCCAGUAAUAAAAAUAAGAGAUGUCACGACCGUGGUCACGACGUCACUGCGUAAUUUUGAAUUUUAUUGAAAUUGUAAACACGGUCAACACGGUGUUAUCAAGACAAAACUGUAUUCGAUGCUCUUUGUAACUGUUGAUGAUAGUAUGGUAAAUUCGGUCAUUUGAAAUUUCGUGUUCCUUUGGUAUUAAAAUGGAUCAUCACCAAUUGUUGACUGUACUGACAACAAAUGAAAAACAGGAAGGACGAACUUUCGAUGAGAAUUUGCAACAAAUAAUUUUCAAAGUUGUUAAAAUGUUGCCAGAAGAAGACGUCAAUGAAGUGGCAAAUUUUCCAACAAAUUCAAAUUUCGAAUGCACGAUUAGACAACGAUAUGUUCACACGGUUUUAUACGUACUAAAAUCUCUAAAAAACUCAGAAUUGGCCCAAAGUGAUACAUUUUUGAGUGUAAAUCAACAGAAGACUGUAAAAGCAGCCAUAGAAAUUGUUGUCAGCAUUGGAAUACUUCCGUGCCUGUUUCCGGGUAUCGGUGCUGGUAUUUACAAACUGUGUCCUCGUGCAAAAGAAUUGGACGAUGAGAAACUCACAGACUUACAGAAAUAUGAGAGACUUUGCCUCACAGCUCGCUACUUGACAGAUUUCUUUGACGAAGCAUCACUCCGGCUCUCCCUUUUACCACAACUGGGUCCAUUGCUAGGAGGUUUGUUGCAAUUGUCUUACGCACCACUUAUGAAAUCGACAGAAGAUUCCAAUGAUAAGGCUUCCUCCUCCUCCUCCUCUGAGUUUAGAAUGACGAAAGAAUUACAUGAAAAAUUGACAAAGGAUCAGAUUGAGUUCAGAAAAAUCCUCUCGUCUCUCAUCGAGAAAUGUCCACUGGCAACUAUCGUAAAAGAAUUCAUGAUAAUCCUUGGAAUAAAAGAAGCACCGAAGUGGAUUCGCAAACAUGCACAAAAUUAUCUGGUCAGUGCCAUUGUUCGACCUCAUGGUAUUCUGGCCUUGAUCGACGCAGUUUGCGGGGAUCACAUCGAUCUUGGCGCUCAUUGGGACAAAUUGGAUACUGUUGCAAGACUCGUUGUCACAUCGCAUGGUCAAGAUGUUAACAAAUAUUACGAUGCUGUUUGCUCUCAGUUGGUGGCACUGUUGUCUUCUAAAAAUAUAAAUCAUUCAGCAACUAUAGCGACAAACUGUAUCACAGCUCUUUACGAACACAAGCCGGAAGUUUGCAAGGAAAAAGUAAUUCGAGUCAUUACAUCCCCUCUGCGAAAAAAAGUAUCAAAAUCGUCGACAGCGUUGUUGGAAAGUGAAAUCGAAAUAACGGAGUGCAUAGAAAAUUUGACAAAAUGUUUUGUUCCCAACGAUGCAAAGUUCAAACAUCCUCCUUGUACCGUCUUGAGAGAAAUUGCCUUACCACUAUUUAGUCUGUAUACAAAAUCUCGCGGGAGCGUAUCUCUGUUGCAGAAAAAAAUUCGAGAUUUGUUGAUUCACGUGAUUACAGACUCGAAAACGAGGGAUAAUUUAUUUUCUGCGUUUCUCAAUCACGAGAGAACCGAUGAUGAAAACUUGGGUGAAAGAUUGUCGUGGUCAUUUGGACCGACAGGUGGACUGGUAAUAACGGACGAAAUGGAUGAUCUGGACAGUCAAACAGCAGCCGAAUGUCUCUUCGAUCUAAUUGAAAAUGAAGAAUCGCUUGGAUUCGAUCUGUUCUAUUAUCUUUUACGUUCGUUGAGUAAUUUGUACGGAAAAUCGUUGCAAUUGGCAGAUGGCGCUGUCGACAAAAUUGGCAAAGAGUUAGCGACGAUGGAAUUCUUGUCGAAACUCGCUGCUUCGCCUCAAAUUCAAAAAGCUUUGAUCAAAAAUCCUGAACCCAUUAUUUCCUUCAUAAAAACACUGUUCGACAUGAAUAGCACGAAACCGAUAGAGAAAGAGGAUGCGAACUUUACGGCUAUUUAUAUCGGUUUGAUGCUUGUACGAGUGAUUUUAACCGAUAACGAAAAACCCAAAGAUUGGACACUUUUCAACGAACUCGCUGAAUUUUUGACUGAGGUCAAAACACGCGGAAGAAUUCCUGAACAAUUGUCAACUUUGGUAGAAGAACUUUUGGGAAUUAUAAAGAAUCAAGGGAAAAGAAGGACUCAACGUUAUCAGGAUUUAAGUGUCGAUGGACGUGGCAAAGGCAGCGAUUUCGAAAAAGCUAUCAAAGAUCUCGCUGAUCCCUUGCUCCCUGUUCGAGGUCACGGAUUAAUUGCUUUAACGAAGUUACUGGAGAAAAAAGAUCCCGAAGCUGUGGCAAACAAGGAUAUUAUUCUCUGCUUUUUCCAAGAAAAUUUGAAGCACGAAGAUUCGUUCAUCUACUUGUCAGCUGUGAACGGUCUCUGCGUUCUCGCUACUUUGUUUCCGGAAAAAGUAAUAGAAAUUUUAAUUCAGGAGUACGUCGACAUGCCACAGCGUAAUACCAACGGAGAAAUUGCCCCGGAAAAUCGAGCCAAAUUGGGAGAAAUUCUCGUCAAAACUGCAAGAGCUUUAGGUGAAAUGUGCCAUGUCCACAAAAACGUUUUGAUCAAUGGUUUUCUUAGCGCGACUCGCGAUCCAGACGAUAUGGUUCGUGCCUCGAGUCUUUCGUGCCUCGGUGAGAUCUGCAAGGUCAUGGGUUUCCAGUUGGGUGACGGGAUUACCGAGAUACUCUACUGCGUCGGACACGUAAUCCACACGGACAAAUCACCGGAAUGCAGACGAGCUGCAGUGUUGGUAACGAAUUUAUUGAUUCAAGGAUUGGGCAAAGACGUCCUAACAGAUUUGGGGCAUGAUCUGGUGCCUUUGUAUCGAGCUCUCAAGUUGCUUCGCGACAACGAUGACGAUCAUGUUCUACGUUUACACGCUCAGCUUGCGCUCGAGGAGUUGGAUGACAUCGUCCGAUUACUAAUAUUCUCAGUCCCGAAGAAGUUGGAGAAACGAAUAUACCUUCUUCCUUAAUAUCGAAUAUAAAUAAGUAGUCGUUGUCGUUAUUCAUUUUAUUGUUUGUUUUUUUUUUACCACAAAUCGAUGAGCAAUCGUCGAUUCCUUUUUAAUGUUUCAAUAUGUCGAUGAUAAAGUAUUUUUCUGUACACAAUAUAAAUUCGUUAGUAAUAUAAAUUUUUGAAAAUCGA